AAGGACGAGGAGGAGGAGACGGUCUUGGGGAGCCUUGGCCAUGAACUUGAUGGGAUCCGCAACGAGCUCAGCAGCCGCCCUCCCCCAUGCUGGAGGGGAAGCCAACCCGUGUGACGUUUAGAAAUCGUGAGCAGUUCUUAGACACUGACGGGCAGGUGUGGAUGGAUUGCGAUCUGCCUCGUUGGAGGGACCGUCCACAUCGAUGAGACCGCAAGCCCUUUGGAGUGGAUGAGCUCAUACCCCAGACUAAGUCCCAGCAGAUGACUUGUUACCAUGCUGCAGACAUUUGUUUUAAAUAGUUGGCUCAGUAAAUAAUCUACAAAGGCCAGAUUCCAGAAUUUCAUUUUCAACUAGAUACACUGUCAACUCCAGGUUUCUCUUUUCUUCUGUAGAGUUUGAGGUUAUGGCAGGGAGGAAUCAGACUCGCAAUUUUCAAUUUCCAAUAACUCAGUCUGUGGUGAGCAGCCAAAUAUAUUCAUUUGGAAAUAAUACAGACACCGAUAUCUUUGAAGAGGAUGCCGAAGUGUAUGAACUUCGACCAAGAGGAAGAGAGAAAGUCAGAAGAAGCACAUCAAGAGAUAGACUGGAUGAUAUCGUAUUACUAACAAAAGAUAUACAGGAAGGCGAUACUUUAAAUGCAAUAGCCCUUCAGUAUUGUUGUUCAGUAGCAGAUAUCAAGAGAGUUAAUAAUCUCAUCAGUGAUCAAGACUUUUUUGCACUUAGGUCUGUUAAAAUUCCAGUAAAAAGGUUUAGUGUAUUGACUGAAACACAUUACUCUCCCAAAGGACGACAGACUUCACGUCCUUCAGCUGCCCAGUGUACUCCAGAACUACAAGAGAUAUUUCCUAAUUCAGAUCUUCUGGUUUCGAACGAGACUGCUGGGAAUUUCUUAAAAGAAGUGGACAAAGACAUAGAACAAAUAGUAAAAUGUACAGACACAAAGAGAGAGAACCUCAAUGAAGUGGUUUCCGCCUUAGCAAAACAAGAACAACUGUGUUUUGAACCUGAGAAUAAAAGCAUUAGACGUAAGGAUCCCUAUUACGGAGCAGACUGGGGAAUAGGCUGGUGGACGGCUGUGGUGAUCAUGUUGAUAGUAGGCAUAAUAACGCCAGUAUUUUACUUACUGUAUUAUGAAGUUUUAGUUAAAGUAGAUGUUAGUCAUCAUUCCACAGUGGACUCCUCACAGCUGCAUUCAGGAGUCACCGUUCCAUCACAACAGAGAGAAAUAGAGAAUGGAAUAAUUCCAACAAAAGGACCAAAUGUGGGACACCAAGAUGAUUAUAAACUUCAUAAACAGAAUUCUCAGUCACCUUCUACACAGCAUAUAACAUAACACUCAGUUUUAGAUUAUAAUAUUUAUAACUAUAAAUGUAUCUGGAAUGCAGAGAAUCAUUUAUAUUCUUUAUUUACCACUCAUGGGCAGUAUUUUGGUUUAUUGAAAAUGCUUUUAUUUCUUCCAGAUACUUUUUUGUUUUGAGCCAUUUGCAAGUCAAUUCUGUAUGAACCUUAGGCUUACUACCUGUUCUAUGUUUUGAAUGGUUUAAGUCAAAGUUUCUGUUGUGGCACUGCAGAAGUGAAUAGUACACAUAGAAAGUUUUCUGUAGAAAGUUUUGCACCCAUUUAUUUAAACAUAGCCUUGAAGUUUAUUUUUUUAAGUAAUUUUUUUUUGUUUAAGGCAUUGAUGUUAAAGUUAUUAAGCAAUAUGAAUGGUAGCACUAGAUGUAUGCACCUGAAGAAAAUCCAUUUAUUACUACCAGAUAAACAUUAUCUCUUAGCUCAAAAUGUUUGGUUGAGAAACAAUUGUUUGAUUCUAAAAGUAUUUGUGAUAGCACAUUGUGUACAUGAUGCUACCCAUUUCAAUCUGUUGAUUGAUUUUUAUAUCACAUAUAAUAUGGCACAAAACAAAAAGUCAAAUCAAAAGUAACAAAAUCAGAAAGGAAGGUAUAAUUUUGGCAAGAGGAGCUAGGACUUUCAAAUUCAUAUUAUAACCUCUGGGAAUUAUAUAGAAAAGUGGCAUCACUGAAUAAUUAGAAUAUAGAAGUGAAUCAAAGGAUAUGAAGUGUUUAAUCUGUUUCUCAAUUUUUUGGACAUGUCUUUUAGCUAUUAUGCCUAUGUUUUGUUUUGUCUGCAGUAAAAUAAGUAUACUUGGACUUCUAUACUUUUUUAGUUCUUUGAAGAAAUGUGCUAUACACAUGCAUUAUUUGGGAAAAAUUCUUAAUACCCUAUGAUGAACCGUUGCAGUUCUGUACAUGCAACAACAUGCCUUAAUUAAAUUGAACGCCUUAAUUAAAUGUUAAUGUUACUAUGAGAGUUGAUAUACUUUUUAGAAUCAAACUUAUACUUCGUUGUCCUCGACUUCCCUUUCAAUAGAAUUAAUGCCUGUGAUGUAUGUGUAGUUACUGUAACUGAUCUUAGCUUUCAGUUAAUCAAGCACAAUCUAAUGGGCAACACAGAUGUGUCUGUUGUCUUUUUCAUCUAAUGUGAAUUGCCAAAAAUGGUUUAUUAAGAAAAAAUUAUAAACAGGGUCAUUUGCAUUGGUAGGCAAAAUAGGUACAGCUCCUUUCUUGAUCCCUUACCCUUGCUGUCUUCCAUGGGGGUGAUCAUCUAAAGUAGAAAGUGAGUGACACAGAAUUGUUUUCUUUCUAAAUUACAGUAUAUUAUGAAGACUAAAGGAGAUGAAUUAGCAAGGGAUCUUUUGCUAGGGCUGUGUGAAAAUAUCUCUCUCUUCUGAGGGUGAUCAGGUCAGGGUACCUGUCAUGCCUUAAGUUCAUAGUAAAUCUGGCUAAACAAGCAUUUGCCUACUGACUCAUUCUGUUUAUAAAAAAAACAAAAGUGGUGCUGCCAUAGAAGAUAGGCUUAAUGGAAUCUGACUUGUCUUAAAUGUGUAAUUAAAAUUUUUUGUGUGUUUUAGGUAUAUGAUACUGCCUUAUUUUACUGGCAUUAUUUCCUAGUGUCUGAUGUUUGAGCUUGAGAAACAAUCAUUUUGUAUCUAAGCCCUAUCCAGUGAAUAGUGUGGCAGAUGAGUAACCUAGACCUAUAAGAGAGUCCUGUUCUUUUAGAAGCAAAGCAUCAUAAGGAUGAAAAGAAAACAACACUGAGCUCUUUCAUAUAUUAGAUAUUUACCAGAAAGUGUUACUAGUAAAUACAUCCAUCUACUCAUUCAUAUAAAAACAGCCUGAGAAAUGAGCAGCAUUCAUGAAGACACCUAAUUAUGUGUGAACAUCCUUUCUCAAAAAAAACUUAAUUUUCUUUGCUGUAUUGCAGAGAGGAAUGCUGUCUUUUUCUAAUCAUUAGUGUUAACUUUAGCUUAUAUUACAAUGCUUUUUAGUAAGCCUACUGAAAAAUUGUAAGUUUUGAGGGGAGUAAAAGUUACAAAUAGUAAAACUCAAUUAUGUGAAGACUUUAUAGUGUAAUUCAGAUUGGUGAGCUAAAGGAUAUCAAUGACUGCCUUCUACUGGUGCUACUUUGAAAUUAUAACAGUGGUCUAAAAAGUAAAAUAAAGUAAAUAGGUUAAUAAAAGUAUAUUGCUUUUAUUUUAAAACCUGCCUAGAUAUAGGAACCACUUUUGCCCUAUAGAAUGUCACUUUUGGUAAUAAACGUGAAUGUAAAAUAUAUCCUCUGGAUUGCUGGACUGAGCAGUUCCCUUUAUUUACCUGUUAUAUGGUUCUGGAAUCAGAAAUUCUAAUCUUUAAAUGCAACAUCCAAGAGAGAAUAUGGUUAAACUUAGCAAAGAAGUACAAUUUUAGUAGUUAAUAAUCAUUAUAAAAAUAAAAUUUCAGUUUGUUAAUGUGCUGAUGAGCACCAUGACAGUGCUAUAUGAAAGUUGCUUUAUGUAAUUUUCUUGAGGACAUUUUUUUUUCUAAUUGUAGACUUUGGAAAUGGGCUUUAAGGUUAAAUGUUUAUUGGAGUCUUAUCCUGAUAAGUGUUUAGAUUUAACUGGUAUACUUUAUAUUAGCAUGUGUCAAACUGGCAAAGAUAUAAUUGGAAAAAUAAUCUUGUUUCCCUUGGAAAUGUUUGGUUAUAAAUAAAAAUAUUUUGUGUGUUCAAAGAUGUUAUUGCAAUUUUAACACCUCCAAGGUAAGACAUGGGCCUCAUUUUUUUUAAAAAACAUGUAUUUUCUUAGAUAAUGUAUUAGUAAAUUACAAAGUCUCUGCCUUCCAUAUGAAUAAGAUAAAUUUAUUUUGAAUAUUUAAUUUCUCUAGGAAACUUGUUUUUAGAAUCUGCUUGAUAAGGCAGACUGUGGAGUUAUUUAAAUGACUCACUAAACAAUGAUUUAGUCAUUUUACUGAUACUUCUGAAAGUUGGAACCUUUGUAAUUGGGAAUUGGAAAGAAAUUUAACUGGGAAAUAAGAUAAAGCAAAUAUAAUGAGAAUUUUGCAAAUAUAAUGAAAAAAGAAUACAGUACAAAUAAAUGUUAAAGAGUGCCAAGAGUUCAAGAAAAUGUAUUUAAAUGGUGCACUAUGCUAAGAAUCAUGCUUUAUGUUUUGACUUAGAACACUUGCUCAGGAAAUCAGUAUUUUUCUUCCAAGUAUGUGCAUAUUGCACUGUUAGAUCAUAAACAGAAAUACCUGAAUGCUUUAUUUAAGUAUUUUUAUGCACACUAAUGCUGUAAAUCUCUUAUAAAAUAUUUUUUAUAUAAAUGCAAGAUGUAAUAAUUAUAGAACUAUGUGUUAGCAUGUCUU